AUUACACCGCCACGGGAAGAGGAGCCCCCCCUGCGCGGCGGAGAAGCAGAAGAAGAAAAAAAAAAGGACGUUCGGCACACAAACAAUGAAAAUGUCGGCGGCAGAGAUCUGCCAGGUUCUCAAAGAAGGAGAGCUGGAGAAGAGGAGCGACAACCUGCUCCAGUUCUGGAAGAGGAAGACGUGCGUGCUGACCACGGACAGCCUCAACAUGUACGCCGACACGCAGAAGCGCAGCAAGGGCAAAGAGCUGAAGCUGCAGUCCAUCAAGAAGGUGGACUGCGUGGAGCGCACCGGCAAGUUCGUCUACUUCACCAUCGUCACCACGGACAAUAAGGAGAUCGAUUUCCGGUGCUCCGGCGAGGACAACUGCUGGAACGCGGUGAUCACGAUGGCCCUGAUUGAUUACCAGAACAGGAAAGCCAUCCAGGACUUUAAAACGCGGCAGGACAACGAGAGCGCGUCGCCCGGGCAGCAGGAGAGGCGCAUGGCCCGUGCGCCCUGAGCGCGCGGCCCCGUGCGCCCUGAGCGCAGGCGAGACUCCGAGACUCCAAAUAUGUGUCAUGAUGGACCACACUGAAACACGAGGCGGACCAAAAGGAAGACGAGGUCAUCCGGUCCAGAGAUGAAGGCUUGUUCGGGACUGAGCUCUCUGGGAGAGGGGACGUCCGACC